AACAAAGCGAGUGGGGCUGAGACCGACGCGUCCGACUCAAGCCGUGGAGCGGCCCGGUAGAGGGCCCAGCUGAGGGGAAGGAUGGAGGAGGGGGCCGAGGCCCCGGUGCACCCCGGUGAGCCCCCGGUGGAGGCAGAGGGCCCGGGGCCCGUCGCGCAGGAGGAGAGGCCGGAGGAGGCCGGGGGCGAGAGCCCCCUUGAGAAGCCGUCGGGGGAAGAGGCGGCAGAGCCGGAACCCAGAGCGGGCACGGAGCCUCCUUCCCCGGCCGCUGAGGGAAGCCCCGAGGCAGAGGCGGGAGCCGCCCCAGAGGCGCCCACCAGCGCGAGCUUCACGGAGGGUGAGGCCGAGGAGCCGCCCCCGCUGCAGGUGGGGGAAGUGCUAAGCCCCGAGGAGAGCUGGGGGGCGGGGCGGCCCAGCCUGCCCCUGCUGGAGCUGGGCGGCCCCAUUGACGAGGAGGAGGAGGAGGAGGAGGAAGAGGAAGGGCGGGAGGCGGCGGCGGCGGCGGAGCAGCGGCGGCGCGCGGAGCUGACCGAGCAGUACCGGCUCCUGCUGGCCGAGCGCGAGCGCACGCGCCAGUGCAACGGGCACCUGCAGUUCAAGCUGUUCGAGCUCUUCCGCAAGAAGGGCGAGGAGCCGCCCCGCGUGGAGCUGGAGGAGCUGGUCUCCGACAAGGAGCAGCGCUACAGCCGCUACUUGGCCAUGCUGGAGGAGCUGAGGAGCCAGCUGGCCCAGCAGAGGGCAUGGUACCAGCUCCAGCUCGACGACCUGGAGCAGCGCUGCACGGAGAAGCUGGACCAGGUGAACGCCGACUGGCUCGCCUUCCAGGCCUGCAAGAAGGAAGUGACCCUCUUCACCAUGGGGCGCCAGCUGGGGGGGAAGGAAGCUGCCAUUAAGGAGGUGGAGCACAUCCAAGCCAAGGAGCAGCGUAAAGAGAACGAGAUGAGUGAGGUCCGCCUGGAAAACAUCAAACUGCAGCAUAAGAUUGAAAAGCUUGAAGUAAGCCUGAAAGCUCAAGAGGAGCUGGCAGAAGGACUGCAUCUGAUAGACUUUGAGCAGCUGAAGAUAGAGAACCAGACCUACAAUGAGAAAAUUGAAGAGCGCAAUGAAGAGCUUCUCAAGCUCCGGAAGAAGAUCACUAAUACAGUGCAAGUCCUGACCCAGCUCAAAGAAAAACUCCAGUUUGUAGAAGCUCAGAAUCAAGACCAAAGGGCCCAGCUGAUGGAGACUGAGACACUGGUGGCCCAGAAAAGAGAGAUUCUGACCAAAACCAAACAGGCUAGGGAUAGUUUACGGGUACACAACUUGAAGUUGCAACAGAAGUGUGGGCUUCUCGGAAGUGAGGCACUGCUGCGGGACUUCGAGAACAAGGUGGAUGCUGCUGAAGUACUCAGUCAGCGGCUGGAGAUGCUGAAACAUCACCAUGCUGGACUCACUCUUACUUGCAAAGCCGUAAAGAAAAAAAUCAAGGAAGCAAAAUCCUUUCUACCAGCAUGAAGAUUUUGGAGAAAGUGAGGUUAAAAGACAGAAACCAAUUUAAGUGCUCAAUUUUUGUUUUUAUUUGUCUCUGAAAUUGUUUUUCAUUUACAGGCUUGGAAUAUAGUAAAAGGGUGAAAUAAUCUCACUUUCACAUCUAAUGAAAACUUUGGAAACAAAGUUUUAAUGUUAUACAUUCCAUCAGGAGACUGCCAUGAAGUUCUGCCUUUUUCAAUGGCUCAUGAAGAAACCAAGCCUAUUUGGCUAUUUACUCUAUCAUAUUGAUAUUUUAAGUAUGCAUUUAAAAAACACACACACUGGCACUAUUCUAAUCGCUGGCAGCAUCACCCUCUGGUGUAAGCAAAAAAUUGCAAGUCAAAUACCCUGAGAUUCCAGUCCUGGUUCUGCCACUAACUCACUGUGUGGCCUUGGCAGUCUGUUCCCCACAACUCUAAAGUAGGUGUACUUACCGACCUCUCACAUGUUUUGAGGAUUAUAUCUUCAGAGAGUUUUACAAAAAAUUAAAGUUAUAUAUAUAGAUUGUAAAUAAAACAAUGUAUCAGGA